ACCAAGAGACGUGGCUAUCCCCAACGUGUGAGGCAGCGGGAGAAAGGAGCAACUUUUGAUGGCCACUCCCAGUUAUGCUAAUUUAAACAUGGGCGGAGCUUAUCUGUGCGAGGGUGUUUAGGGAGGAGCAAUGGCCGCUGACGCUCCGGGACCGGGCCUGAGCGAGGCCUUCGAGCGAGGCUGGCGCAUUCACGAAGAGCUUGAGCGCGGCGAGGAGUCGGCGGACGGCGCCUCGCAGGCGCGGGCGCUCGAGGCGAUCGCCCUUCUCGAGCGCGCCACGGAGAUGGUCAACGAGCUACAGCUGUUCAGCCGCAACGAGUCCCUGGAGGAGGUGUCGACGAGGGACCUGCGCUACCUGCUGCUGCCGGCGCUGCUCGGCUCGCUCGCCCAGCGCUCGUGCCGCGGGGCCGCCGCCGGCCGCGCCGACGCGCUCCGCCGCUCCGCCCGCUACCACCGCGACUACCUGCGGCGGGCACGCGACUACGGCGUGCGCGGAGCCACGCUGGGCGGCGACGACGACGAGGAGGAGGAGGAGGAGGUGAGGGAGGAGGGGCGGCGGCGGGGCGGCGACGACGGCGGCGACAUCGCCGCCGUCAUCAACGGCCCGCCGAACCUCGCCGCCAUGGCCGAGCGGAGGAGGGCGAAAAUAGAGAGGUACCGCCUUCGCAAGGAUGCGGAGGAGCGUCUUGCGGCGUUGCGAGCUCGGGGUCUGCGCGGGGGUGGCGAGGGUGGCGAGGGUGGCGAGGGUGGCGAGGGCGGCGAGGGUGGCGAGGGUGGCGAGGGUGGCGAGGAGCGCCUGCGGGAGGAGCUGCUGCUGCAGUUGCAGCAGUGGGCGGCGCGCUGCCUCGACGACCUCGACUCCAUCGCCAGCGAGCUGCCCCUGCUGCAGCACGCACAGCACAGGCAGCAGGUGGGGGCGCCGUCUCGGCCACCGCGACCCCACGGACCCCCCACACAGCCCCUGGUGCUCACGAGGAAUGCCCUACAGAGCAGGGUGUUGGGGCUGGGCUACCCGGCACGCCCUGUCAUGUCCGUGCAGCAGUGGUAUGAGGAACAUCUACGCAAGGGCAUGCUGCCAGACCAGGGCCUGUCCGCCACCACCAUCGAAAGCGCUCCGGAUGAGGAGCGAGGAGGAGGAGGUGAUGCGGAGGGCGGCGGCGGCGGCGACGAAGAGGAUGGGGGCGACGAUGAGGAGGCGCUGCGCCGCGCACGCGAUUGGGAUGAAUGGAAGGACACUCACAGGCGAGGCUGGGGCAACCGCAAAAACAUGGGAUAGAGUCCGCCGGACCGCACCGGACCGGACUAACCCCAGGGCGCGCCACCGACAGGGCGGAUCGCACUCCGGCAUCCACCACCACCACCACCGCCGCCACGCCGUUGGGUCUGCAGUCACACGCUGGGCUGGACUGCGGUUGGGCACCGGACCGGAUUAGAGUAACACACCGGACCGGAUUAGAGUAACACACCAGACCGGACUCUCAACCGCCACCGCCACCACCAACACCAACAACACGUGCACCAGGACCGGAUUGAGGCCAGACACUGGACCGGGACUCUGACCACCGCCAACACGCACCGGGACCGGCCACCGGCGCCACACACCGGACCGGAGCAAGCUACCACACUCGCCCCGCACCACGCUCGCCAACGCGCCCAACGCUGGUGCUCCGUGCUCCGCGCUCCUCUCGUUCAAUCCGCUUCAGGUUUUGCUGUUCGAUUUUUUUAUUGUUAAACUUUUUUUUUUUUCGGGGACCCCCCCCCUCCUCCUCCCCCCCACGUGACCCCCACACCCCAUCUCUCCUGUGCGACCCCCACGUGACCCCCGCGCCCCCUCCCCCCCCUGUGUGACCCACGUGACCCCCGCCCCCCCCACCCUUUUGGUAUCGCCGUUAACCUCUGAACAACAACCAACAGCCGCCACCACGUGGGGACAAUACGAAUCCCUCCUCCUACACCACGUGGGGACAAAACGAAUCCCUCCUCCUACACCAUGACCACGUGGGGACAAUACGAAUCCCUCCUCCUACACCACGUGGGGACAAAACGAAUCCCUCCUCCUACACCAUGACCACGUGGGGACAAUACGAAUCCCUCCUCCUACACCACGUGGGGACAAAACGAAUCCCUCCUCCUACACCAUGACCACGUGGGGACAAUACGAAUCCCUCCUCCUACACCAUGACCACGUGGGGACAAAACGAAUCCCUCCUACACCACCACCACCACAUGGAGACAAAACGAAUCCCUCCUCCUCCUACACCACCACGUGGGAACCAAACGAAUCCCUCCUCCUCCUACACCACCACGUGGGGACAAAACGAAUCCCUCCUCCUCCUACACCACCACGUGGGGACAAAACGAAUCCCUCCUCCUACACCACCACGUGGGGACCAAACGAAUCCCUCCUCCUCCUACACCACCACGUGGGGACAAUACGAAUCCCUCCUCAUCCUACACCACGUGGAGACAAAACGAAUCCCUCCUACACCACCACUACCACGUGGGGACAAAACGAAUCCCUCCUACACCACGUGGGGACAAAGCGAAUCCCUCCUACACCAUGACCACGUGGGGACAAAACGAAUCCCUCCUCCUCCUACACCACCACGUGGGGACAAAACGCAUCCCUCCUCCUACACCACCACGUGGGGACAAAACGAAUCCCUCCUCCUACACCACCACCACCACGUGGGGACAAAACGAAUC